AUGUCACACCAGUUAACAAAGCGCGGACUUCACCAUGAUUCGCUUGGUCAAAAUCAAAAGUUUUCUCUUAAAGAUUGGUCUAACAACAAUCAACUUAAAUCUCGAAUUUCAUGCGAUCAACAGAAGUUGGCAGACCGCGUGAUUUGUGAAGCGUCUCGAGUCAUCGAUGAGACGAAGGAAAUAACGAACAAGUUUAAGAAGGAAACUGAUUACCGUCUCGAAGAGCGAAUCGCACAUAUUGCAUUUACUGUUGAAGAAUUGCGAGAACAGAAAAGGUUUGGUGAAAAGGAGCAAGAGAUUUUGAAGGAUAUGAAAAAUCGAAUUGAACAUGCGAUUGAUUCGAUUAGAAGUGACGCUCUAGUCGUCUGUGAAAAGUGCAUCAUUAUGCGAGAAAACCGAACCGGAAUUGAUAAUGUCGAUGACGAUGUGGAGAAGAGCUUGCGAAAAGAACGUGAAACGAUUCUUGGUACGCUUUCUAUUCUCGACAACCUUCUUACAGAGACCAUCGAGCAGAUAAGAAAAGUCAGAGCAGCGAUAUAUCUACUCGAUCGUGACCUAGCAAACAAAGAGUCGUCACUUCAUAUCGACCAACAGAAUCUUGUACUGCGUGAAAAUCAGAUCGACAUGAAGAUUUAUGAAGGCAAAAUGGAUUUAGAUCCUUUCAACUCAACAGUGCUUGAAUGGACAAGAGAAACGACGAAAAAUAUUGAGCUUUGCAAGCAGGAAAUCAAAUGUGCUAUGUCGUUGCGUUCAUAUGUUGAAAUCUUCCUGAAGCAAGCAGUCGAGGAUAUUUCGAAUCAUUUUAAUCGCACAAACGAACAAUUUCGCUUACGUAUGGAAGAAAUGCGCUAUGCAAAAAUUAAACUCGAAGGCUUACAUUGUGGAACAGCGAACCAGGUUAACGAUUUGACCAGAAAUAUUACGACGUUAGAGAAAGAGUUGGCUGAAAAGGAACGUUAUGUGGCGUUAUCUCAAAUGAGAUUGGGAAAUCGUGCUCAACGAAUUGGGAUUGAAUUAUGUAAAGAUAAAGCUCACGACACUUUGAUUAGGGAAUUGAUAGCACUCAAAGAUACUUAUCAGAAGUUGUCUCACAUGAUAGAUCAGGUUCAUUCAGUUAUUUUAAUAAGAAAACUUUAA